CCGGCCUUAGUUUUUCUCUUCUCCUUUUCUUUUCAUGUUGGAAAGAAAAGGAAACGCACCUAUCAACUGUGAACGUAAUUCCUUUUGUAAAUGCUCAUUUAUGGAUUUAUAUAAAUUAAUAACUCUUUAAUUAUUACGAAAAUGGCAAAAUGAUACAGGAUUUUUCUAUUAAUAUAAUCCGUUCUAUUUGCCCAUGAAAGAUGAUACGAUUAUUAUUAGACACCCUGUAUAUCUCUAUGACAAGAUCGUCAUGGUUACCGCUUGUAAACGUCUAGCAAUAGUCAUCCACUUGUCGAAUGUACCGUAAGACCUGGUUUAAAGCGGUUUACAGAAACUUUCCAAUACCGUGAUGUUUGUACUGUAGUGUAUGUUUCUUCCUAUGCUAAGUAAUAAAUAGAAUGGAUUGGGCUAGCGAUCUCGAAGUCACAUCGAAAAAGCUAAUACCUCGUCUAGGUAGACGUGCAGGUCAGAAUAAUUUGCAGGAAGAGAAUAAGUCUGAUGAUGAUCUUUUAGAAAGUCCUAUUUCCUUGUCGUCUGGAAAGUCUGUAUCUAUGCAGAGACCUAUAGUUCCACCUCGAUCAAGGAAAACUGGCUGGGGUGAUGAAUUGAAAAGUGGCAAAUCAAAGACGGCAUCAAAUAUCAUUGAACAGGAGCGUUUUCGAGUAAUUGAAAAAGAGGAGCAAGAAGAUGAUAUUCCAGUUAUACCAGAUUUGGAUGAAAUUCAGGAAGAUAAUAUUUCGUCUGAGAUUGCAAGCGCACCUACAGUUAAUGCAAAUAGAGUGACUGCAUAUGAAGAAUUGGACACUGAUCUAGUGAAAAAUGCUGCGUAUACGUCAUUAGACGGCGUCAGCCUUUCUCUUCUCGCAGACAGGCUGUACAAUGAGAAUUUAGUGAAAGAACCAGACGAAGUUUGGAAUUGGAAUCUUCUCUUUACGCAAAUUUCUUCAGAAAUUAAUAGCGAGAUGCAAAAAAAGAUUGAGGCUUAACAACGCGUCAAAUCACGAGUUUUUGAAAACAAUACUAAAAUAUUGGAGAAUGGAUAUAAUAAUGAUCGUCUUAUUUAUGAUACUUUAACAUAUUAUAUUUAAAAAACUUCUGCUAAAUACAAUUUUAAAAAAAACUCAAUAUUUACAAUACAUACAUAAGAGUAAAAUCAUGGUAUGUUUAUUUCGAUACCAUAUUUUCUACAAACCUAUACUUCCUAAUUCUUUAUAUUUAUUUUCUUAUUCUCAUUCAUUGUGUCUGAUUCCCAUAUAUAAUAGUUACUCGUAUAUGAUAAUUAUCGAGACUGUAAUUUGAAUUCUCAAAAUCCAAAUUCAUUAAAUUGAAUAUGUAUUGUGAACUCAGAUUUGAUUAAAGUGUAUAAAGAA